AGUUGAGAUAAGUUUUUACCGAUAUGGGAUUUGGGUUCAUCUCAGAUGGUGUCGAUAAACGAUCCCGAUAACAACUGCCAACAAUUUCAUUUGCUCCUUUUUUUUGGCUACUGCCUAGCUCAACUAUCCCCUGCCGUCCCUUUUCUCCUAUAUAUUUCCGACGAUCUAGGGUUUUGAAUUGUUGUUCUUCUUCUUCAAUAAUAUAAUAAUCAUGGCCGAUUGGCAGCAGUAUCUACAGUCGGUCAUCUUCGGCCUCCUUUUCUCUUUCCUCCUCGCUAAACUCUUCUCUGUUAUCUUCGCUUUCCGUGACGAAAAUCUCCGUAUUACUCGAGCCGAUUACGAAGAUACCGAGCCGAAAAGAUCGCCGGAGGAGGAGGAGGAUGCUACUGCAGCGGCGGCGCAGCCGUUAAUUGAGAGGAACGACGACCGCGGCGGCGGAGGUGAUUUGAAAGGGAGUGAGGUGAGUGGCGGAGCUGAAGAUAGUGAUGAUGAUUGGGAAGGUGUAGAGAGUACUGAGUUGGAUGAGGCGUUUAGUGCUGCGACGGCGUUUGUGGCUGCGACGGCUGCUGAUCGGUCGCAUAAGGUGUCGAAUGAGGUGCAAUUGCAGCUGUAUGGACUUUAUAAGAUUGCGACUGAAGGACCUUGUACUGCUCCACAGCCAUCAGCGAUCAAAAUGACUGCUCGUGCUAAGUGGCAAGCAUGGCAGAAAUUGGGUGCCAUGCCUCCUGAAGAAGCCAUGGAGAAGUAUCUUGAUAUCGUGACUGAAUUAUAUCCUUCCUGGCUUGAUGGGUCUGCAAUUAAAAAGAAGGACGAAGAAAGUAGUGUUGCACGUAAUGCAGAUUCUAGAGGGCCAAUGGGACCAGUUUUCAGUACCUUCAUUAGUGAGGAGCAAUCCGAAAAUGAGUUAAAAUUGGACGAGAUACAUGCCUUUGCACGAGAAGGGGACGAGGAGAACUUGCUCAAGUGCAUCGAGAGUGGCGUUCCUGUGAAUGUGAAAGACAGUGAGGGUCGUGCCCCCUUGCACUGGGCUGUAGAUCGUGGUCAUCUCAACAUCACUAAAUUGCUUUUAAGCAGGAAUGCUGAUGUAAACGCCAAGGACCUUGAGGGCCAGACUGCACUGCAUUAUGCUGCUGUUUGUGAAAGGGAAGAUAUUGCUGAGUUUCUUGUUAAGCAUGGCGCUGACGUAGAGAUCAAGGAUAAUGAAGGUGACUGCCCUCGUGAUGUCUGCGAGUUGCACUGGCCUUGGUUGCAGCAGGCCACUGCCGACAACUAACCUUCUGUGACGUCACUUAUUAAUGGAGCAUGUGCAAUAAGAUUGCCACUUCAAGAAAGGUGUCACCGGACGUAAGAGUGACUUAUUGGUUUGCUUUUGGGGUUACUACAUUGGUUGCUUACCCUUCUUUAUCUCAGGGUAACAUUGUAGGAAAUGGGAAGCUAAAAUAUUAUCAAUUACAUUAUCUGGUUGUAUUUAAAUUAUUUGUUAACGUGUA